ACUGUCUUAUUAGCCACAUUUAGAUUAAUCAUAAGACAGGUAAAGAGAAGUGGGGAUAACUGUUUCAGUGAAUAUAUAUACCCAAAAAAUUCUGAUCAUUUUAGUCAGUGUAAACAUGCAAUCAUGGAUGGGAUCAGACCUUGCUGGUCAAUGAAUGCAGACUUCAAAAGAUGUAUGAUCUUGUGUGUGGUAAAGGAUCAUGAUCAAAGAUAUUUCUUUCCAGCCAGAUAACACAUUUGAUAAAUGUAACAUAAUUGCCAUAGCAAAUCUGUAAGUGCUGACAAUACAGUACUCUACUGUGCCAACAAAUGCAAAAGGCUAAUCGCACUAUGACCUACUGAGGAACAAGGAAAAACUGGUAAUUGGAGUCCCAGAUAGCCUCUGUUGCUAUUGGCUAAUCCUAGAGCAUCACAUGGCAAGGCUUCUUUUUAAAGUCAUCCUUAGUGAGUGAGAAGAGUGGUGGUGUUCCUCUGGAGUGUUUAGGAAAGGUGCUUAGUUAAUAAGCUACAAUGUGUGAGCAGUUUUUGGGAACAUGGAAGCUGGUUUCUAGUGAGAACUUUGAUGAUUACAUGAAAGAGCUUGGUGUGGGGUUUGCUAAUAGGAAGAUGGCUGGUGUUGCCAAGCCCAAUGUCAUUAUCAGUUGCAAUGGGGAUGUUAUGACCAUCAGAACAGAGAGCACUUUCAAGAACACGGAGAUUAGCUUCAAAGUGGGAGAAGAGUUUGAUGAGACAACAGCAGAUGAUAGGAAAGUAAAGAGUCUUGUGACGCUAGACAAUGGAUCUCUCAAUCAGUUGCAGAAAUGGGAUGGGAAACAGACCACAAUUAACAGAAAGAUAGCUGAUGGAAAGCUGAUUGUGGAGUGUACUAUGAACAAUGUUGUCUCCACCAGGGUCUAUGAAAAAGCAUGAAGGCUCUUGCCACCUGAUGACUAGGACCUUGAAGUGGAAGAUAAAGCUCAGUUCACAGAGUGAGAACCCUGCAAGGCUAAUUGCUUCCGAGAACUGACUUGAUUACUAGCCAACUCUAACACAGUUGGUGCAUCAUCUGAAGUAUUGUGGUUAUUCAAUAAAAUGUUCACCUUUGGGGAAAA